UUCAACCUUCAACUGAUUAUCAGCACAGAGCAGCCUCCAUUGUUCGUUGCACUCUUCUCAAUUGCCAUGUCAAGAAGGUAUGAUUGAAGAUGGCAGAGGAACGAAAAUUCCCAGCUUCUUUACCAAACUGCCAGGGAACAGCAGCAUAGCAUUGGUGAACAUUGGGGAAGAUGAGUUGUUGGAUUGGAAAGCUCUCGGGGAGGCAACGCCGAUCGAAUUCGAGCGAGUUUCAGAGAAUUUAGAGUGGAAGGAUUUGUUUCCUGAAUGGAUAGAUGAAGAGGAAGAGAAUGAAGGGCCUUCCUGCCCUGAGAUACCAAUGCCUGAUUUCUCUCUGUAUGCUGAAUUCGAUGUGGUGGUGGUUCGGCUGCCUUGCCGGCGGCCGGAGCCAGGGUGGAACAGAGAUGUGUUUAGGCUGCAAGUGCAUCUCGUCGCGGCGAACUUGGGGGUGAGGAGGGUGAAGAGGGGUGGGGGAGGGGAGGUGAAGCUUUUAUUUUACGGCGGUUGCCGGCCGAUGAUGGAGGUUUUCAGGUGUGAUGAUAUGGUGGCGAGGGAAGGGGAGUGGUGGUUGUAUGAAGUGGAGGCGGGAAGGUUGGAGGAGAAGGUUGCAAUGCCUGUAGGAUCUUGUAAGCUGGCUUUGCCAUUGUGGAGGGAAGGAAGCAUUAAUGAAGAAUUCGACCUGUCGAAUCUGACGACCUCUACGAGCAUCUCCGGCCGCCGGGAGGCAUAUGCGACGGUGAUCCAUUCAUCGGACGCCUAUGUGUGUGGGGCCAUCAUCUUGGCGCAGAGCAUCCGGAAGACGGGCUCAACAAGAGAUCUCGUCCUCCUUCAUGACAAGUCCAUACCAGAGGCUAAGCUCAGAGGCCUCGCCGCCUCCGGGUGGCAGCUCCGGCUAAUUAACCGCAUCCGUAACCCAAGGGCUCAAAGAUACACAUACAACGAAUACAACUACAGCAAAUUCCGGCUCUGGCUUCUAGCCGAUUACCACAAAGUCGUUUUCAUCGACGCCGACAUCAUCGUCCUCCGCAACCUCGACCUCCUCUUCUCCUUCCCCCAAUUAUCCGCCACCGGCAACGACGGCGUCAUCUUCAACUCCGGCAUCAUGGUCCUCCAACCCUCCCUCUGCACAUUCAAAACUCUCAUGAAAAACCGAAAGGAAAUCAUCUCCUACAACGGCGGCGACCAGGGUUUCCUCAACGAGAUCUUCGUCUGGUGGCAUCGCUUGCCUCGCAGAGUCAAUUUCCUCAAAAAUUUCUGGUCCAAUGAAACCGCAGAGAUCACGAUGAAGAACCAUCUCUUCGCCUCAGAUCCGCCUGAACUGUAUUCCAUCCAUUACCUCGGGUUGAAGCCAUGGCUCUGCUAUAGAGAUUACGAUUGUAACUGGAACGUGGAGGAUCAGAAGGUUUAUGCGAGCGAUUACGCUCAUCGGCGAUGGUGGCGUGCGCAUGACGAGAUGGACGACGGGCUCAAGGGUUUCUGCGAGCUAUCGAAGGAGAGGAAGGAGGAUUUGGAGAGAGAUCGGAAGAAUGCGGAGGAGUUAGGGUUAGAUUGGAAGAUUAAUAUUGCCGACCGGAGGAUGAAUGUGUGAGAUUGGGAUGCAUUUUUUUGGAAAAAGAGAAAUUAAAUUAAAAAUUAGAUUUGUUGAUUUA